AUGGCAACGGCAAUGAGCCCAGGUGGGGAUAUCAUCGACUGUGUCCACAUUUCUAAUCAACCACCUUUUGAUCAUCCUUUCCUCAAACAUCACAAAAUUCAGAGCGAUGCAUAUCAAGCCACAGGUUGUUAUAACCUCUUCCGCUCAGGCUUUAUUCAAGUUAAAAGUGAAAUAGCGAUGGGGGCAAGCAUCUCACCAUUGUCUGGGUUUCGCAGUCCCCAGUACGAUAUCAGUAUACUUAUCUGGAAGGAUCCAGAUGAGGGACACAGUGCCUCCAUGAUUGAGUGGGGAGGGGAGGUUGUGAAUUCAGAGGCUGGUGGACUGCACACCUUAACCCAGAUGGGCAGUGGUCAUUUUCCUGAAGAGGGAUUUGGGAAGUAUGUGUUGGGAUAUUGGCCGUCUUUCUUAUUCUUGUACCUGGCUAACAGUGCCUCCAUGAUUGAGUGGGGAGGGGAGGUUGUGAAUUCAGAGGCUGGUGGACUGCACACCUUAACCCAGAUGGGCAGUGGUCAUUUUCCUGAAGAGGGAUUUGGGAAGGCAAGUUAUUUUAGGGACAUUCAAGUUGUUGACAGCUCUAACAAUCUCAAAGCUCUCAAAGGGAUUAGUACUUUUACACACAAAUCCAACUGCUAUGGUGUCCAAACCGGAUACAGUGGGGAUUGGGGCCAUUACUUUUACUAUGGAGGCCCUAGCAGAAACCAAAACUGCCCAUGAAGGCUACCACU